ACGAGGUACGUGGUGAUGUCGGACGAGAUCCUCAAGAGCUACCCGGAGCUGGCCCAGGAGGGCUUGCCGACGAUGAAGCAGCGGCUGGACAUCUCCAACAAGGCGGUGACGCAGAUGGCCACCGAGGCGUCGCUGGCCUGCGUCAAGGCGUGGGGCGGCGACCUCUCGGCGAUCACCCACCUCGUCUACGUCUCGUCCAGCGAGGCGCGGUUCCCCGGCGGGGACCUGCACCUGGCGCGCGCCCUGGGGCUCAGCCCGGACGUCCGCCGCGUCAUGCUGGCCUUCACGGGGUGCUCCGGCGGAGUGGCGGGCCUCCGCGUCGCCAAGGGCCUGGCCGAGAGCUGCCCGGGCGCGCGCGUCCUGCUGGCCACCUCCGAGACCACCGUGGCCGGGUUCCGCCCGCCCAGCCCCGACCGGCCCUACGACCUCGUCGGGGUGGCGCUCUUCGGCGACGGCGCGGGCGCGGCCGUCGUCGGCACCGACCCGACCCCCCUGGAGCGCCCGCUCUUCGAGCUCCACUCGGCGCUGCAGCGCUUCCUCCCCGACACCGAGAAGACCAUCGACGGCCGGCUGACGGAGGAGGGCAUCAAGUUCCAGCUGGGGCGCGAGCUCCCCCACAUCAUCGAGGCGCACGUGGAGUCCUUCUGCCAGAAGCUCAUCAAGGAGCACCCUGCUGCUGCUGCUGCGGAGGGUGACAACAUGUUGACCUAUGACAAGAUGUUCUGGGCGGUGCACCCCGGGGGCCCGGCGAUCCUGACCAAGAUGGAAGGGCGGCUGGGGCUGGACGGCGGGAAGCUGCGCGCGAGCCGGAGCGCGCUCCGGGACUUUGGGAACGCGAGCAGCAACACCAUCGUGUACGUGCUGGAGAACAUGGUGGAGGAGAGCAGGCAGAGGGCGGAGGCGCCGGAGCCGGAGCCGGAGCCGGAGGGGGGUCAGGAGUGUGAGUGGGGGCUCAUACUGGCGUUCGGGCCGGGGAUCACCUUCGAGGGGAUCCUGGCAAGGAACCUCCAGGCGCGCCUAGGCGCCAACUAG